GCGGCAGCAUGAAGGGCGGCGACCGGGCUUACACCCGAGGUCCCUCUUUGGGGUGGCUUUUCGUGAAGUGCUGCUGUUGCCUCCGGUGCAGAGAUGCAUACUCUCAUUCCUCAAGUGAAAAUGGAGGCAAGUCUGAGUCAGUGGCCAACCUCCAGUCUCAGCCCUCCCUGAACUCCAUCCACAGCUCCCCCGGGCCCAAGCGUUCCACCAACACCCUUAAGAAGUGGCUAACCAGUCCCGUGCGCCGGCUCAACAGCGGGAAAGCAGAUGGAAAUAUCAAGAAGCAGAAAAAAGUACGAGAUGGCCGGAAGAGCUUCGACCUGGGCUCUCCCAAGCCUGGGGAUGAGACGACACCUCAGGGAGACAGUGCCGAUGAGAAGAACAAGAAAGGUUGGGGCGAAGAUGAGCCAGACGAAGAGUCACACACCCCUCUUCCACCUCCUAUGAAGAUCUUUGACAAUGACCCUACGCAGGACGAGAUGUCUUCCUCUUUGCUAGCAGCCCGGCAGGCUUCCACUGAAGUACCUUCUGCUGCAGACCUUGUCAGUGCAAUAGAACAAUUGGUCAAAAGCAAGCUGAGUCUAGAAGGAGGCUCCUACCGGGGAAGCUUGAAAGACCCUGUAGGCUGCCUGAAUGAGGGGAUGACUCCACCCACACCUCCUAGAAACCUGGAAGAAGAACAGAAAGCCAAGGCCCUAAGAGGCCGGAUGUUUGUCCUGAAUGAGCUGGUACAGACAGAAAAAGACUAUGUCAAGGAUCUGGGGAUUGUGGUGGAGGGCUUCAUGAAGAGAAUAGAAGAAAAGGGUGUCCCUGAGGACAUGCGAGGGAAGGAUAAAAUCGUGUUUGGAAAUAUUCACCAGAUUUACGACUGGCAUAAGGAUUUUUUCUUGGCUGAACUGGAAAAAUGUAUCCAGGAGCAAGACAGACUGGCCCAGCUCUUUAUUAAACACGAGCGGAAGCUGCACAUCUACGUGUGGUACUGCCAGAACAAGCCGCGCUCUGAGUACAUCGUCGCCGAGUACGACGCUUACUUCGAAGAGGUGAAACAGGAGAUCAACCAAAGGCUGACACUUAGUGACUUCCUUAUCAAGCCCAUUCAGAGAAUCACUAAAUACCAGUUGCUCCUCAAGGACUUCCUGAGAUACAGUGAGAAGGCUGGUUUGGAGUGUUCCGAUAUUGAGAAAGCCGUGGAGUUAAUGUGCCUUGUUCCAAAACGCUGCAAUGACAUGAUGAAUCUGGGACGCCUGCAGGGCUUUGAGGGAACCCUGACCGCCCAGGGGAAGCUGCUACAGCAGGACACGUUCUAUGUGAUUGAGCUGGACACAGGCAUGCAGUCCCGGACCAAGGAAAGGCGUGUAUUCCUCUUUGAACAAAUUGUCAUCUUCAGUGAACUGCUAAGGAAGGGCUCCCUCACCCCGGGCUACAUGUUCAAAAGAAGCAUCAAGAUGAAUUACUUGGUCCUGGAGGAGAACGUGGACAAUGACCCCUGCAAGUUUGCACUCAUGAAUAGAGAGACUUCUGAGAGGGUCAUUCUGCAAGCCGCCAAUGCGGACAUCCAGCAGGCCUGGGUGCAGGACAUCAAUCAAGUCUUAGAAACACAGCGAGACUUCUUAAAUGCCCUACAGUCACCCAUUGAGUACCAGCGGAAAGAAAGGAGCACGGCCGUGAUGAGGUCCCAGCCAUCCAGGGUUCCCCAAGCCAGCCCCAGGCCCUACUCCUCUGUCCCCACGGGCUCUGAGAAGCCCCCAAAGGGCUCCAGCUAUAACCCACCUCUGCCACCCCUGAAGAUAUCUACCUCCAAUGGCAGUCCAGGGUUUGACUACCACCAGCCUGGGGACAAGUUCGAGGCCAGCAAGCAGGGUGACCUGGGAGGCUGCAAUGGGACCUCAUCCAUGGCUGUGAUCAAAGAUUACUAUGCACUGAAGGAGAACGAAAUCUGUGUGAGCCAAGGUGAGGUGGUCCAGGUCCUCGCCGUCAACCAGCAGAGCAUGUGCCUGGUGUACCAGCCCGCCAGCGACCGCUCCCCUGCGGCAGAGGGCUGGGUCCCAGGCAGCGUCCUGGCGCCCCUCCCCAAAGCCACAGCAGCCACAGAAAAUAGUGACGGAAGCAUCAAGAAGUCAUGUUCAUGGCAUACUCUACGAAUGAGAAAGCGGGCGGAAGUGGAGCACACGGGUAAAAAUGAAGCCACAGGGCCUCGUAAACCCAAGGAUAUUCUGGGCAACAAAGUCUCUGUUAAAGAGACGAACAGUUCCGAGGAGUCAGAGUGUGAUGAUCUUGACCCUAAUACUAGCAUGGAGAUCUUAAAUCCAAAUUUCAUCCAAGAAGUGGCCCCAGAAUUCCUUGUGCCCUUAGUGGAUGUGACCUGCUUGCUUGGGGACACAGUGACACUGCAGUGCAAAGUCUGUGGGCGGCCAAAGCCCACCAUCACCUGGAAGGGGCCAGACCAGAACAUCCUUGACACAGACAACAGCUCAGCCACAUACACCGUCUCCUCCUGUGAUUCAGGGGAAAUCACCUUGAAGAUCUGCAAUCUGAUGCCCCAAGACAGUGGGAUUUAUACCUGCAUAGCAACAAAUGACCAUGGCACCACGUCCACGUCUGCUACAGUUAAAGUGCAAGGUGUUCCGGCGGCCCCUAACCGCCCCAUUGCCCAGGAGAGAAGCUGCACCUCCGUGAUCCUCCGCUGGCUGCCUCCCUCCAGCACGGGAAACUGCACGAUUUCUGGUUACACCGUGGAGUACCGAGAGGAAGGUUCCCAGGCCUGGCAGCAGUCCGUGGCUUCGACCUUGGACACUUACCUCGUCAUCGAGGACCUCAGUCCUGGGAGUCCUUAUCAGUUCCGAGUCAGCGCCAGCAACCCCUGGGGGAUCAGCCUUCCCAGCGAGCCCUCGGAGUUUGUGCGACUCCCCGAGUACGAUGCCGCUGCUGAUGGUGCCACCAUUUCUUGGAAGGAAAAUUUUGAUUCAGCUUACACUGAGCUGAAUGAAAUUGGAAGAGGCCGUUUCUCCAUAGUGAAGAAGUGUAUUCACAAAGCUACGCGGAAGGACGUCGCGGUGAAAUUCGUUAGCAAAAAAAUGAAGAAAAAAGAGCAGGCUGCCCACGAGGCUGCCCUGCUUCAGCACCUGCAACACCCCCAGUACAUCACUCUCCAUGACACCUAUGAGUCCCCCACGUCCUACAUCCUGAUUCUGGAGCUGAUGGACGAUGGCCGGCUCUUAGACUACCUUAUGAAUCACGAUGAGCUGAUGGAAGAGAAAGUCGCUUUCUACAUCCGGGACAUCAUGGAAGCUCUUCAGUACCUCCACAACUGCAGGGUGGCCCAUUUGGACAUAAAGCCCGAAAACCUGCUCAUUGACCUACGCAUCCCAGUGCCUCGGGUGAAGCUCAUUGACCUGGAGGACGCCGUCCAGAUCUCGGGUCACUUCCACAUCCACCACCUGCUGGGGAACCCCGAGUUCGCUGCCCCAGAAGUGAUCCAAGGCAUCCCCGUCUCCCUGGGCACAGACAUCUGGAGCAUCGGGGUUCUGACAUACGUCAUGCUGAGUGGGGUGUCCCCCUUCUUGGACGAAAGCAAAGAGGAGACCUGUAUCAAUGUGUGCAGAGUGGACUUCAGCUUCCCGCACGAAUACUUCUGCGGCGUGAGCAAUGCCGCCAGAGACUUCAUCAACGUGAUCCUGCAGGAAGACUUUCGCAGGAGGCCCACGGCAGCCACGUGCCUGCAGCACCCCUGGCUGCAGCCCCAUAACGGCAGCUACUCCAAGAUCCCCCUGGACACCUCCCGCCUGGCGUGCUUCAUAGAACGCCGCAAGCAUCAGAACGACGUGCGGCCUGUGCCCAAUGUCAAGAGCUACAUCGUCAACCGGGUCAACCAAGGGACGUAGCCGUCUCCUCGCCCUUGGGGUUCCACGUGGAAGUGCAGUGUGAACCAAAGCAAGACUGAAUGUCUGUAAAUAGUUCUGUUCGUUCGCUCCACGCAGUUCUCUGGCUUGAGAGACAGACCUCUUCAACCUUGUCCGUGGCUAUUCAGGGUCUGGGCAGCGGCAAAAUUACCCUCAACCCAAGGGCUUUCCAGAAGGCCAUUAGAAGACAAAGAUGUGAAGAGUCACCUAGAGCGUUAAAGAGAGGGGGCAAGGAUACCAAGAAUAUGAGCCGUUAUGAAAUUUUAACAGUGAGUUCCACAACGGGCGGUGAACUGGGCAAAGCAGCAGCUCGAAGUAGUGAGCGCAAAAGGUUUCUAACCCUGCUGAAAUUGGAAGCAAGAAAGUUCUAUUUAACAGAGAUGUCACGUAUGUCCACUCUUCUGGUUUAGAUUACUUCAAUAUAGUUUCUUAAUAGCAUUCACAUAUACAGUAAAAUAGAUCCCAUUCGGGUUUCAGAGUUUUAUAAUAUAGAGGUAUAUAUGACAUCGAUCCUAAGUAACUUUGAGCACUCCGAUUAAGACAGUCCUUUAUUUAUCGAAGCAUUACAUUGUUUUGACUAAGCACAAUAAGACGACAAGUUUUUUAGAGCAUUUUAUAAAUCUUGUAUAGAAAUCUCUUACCAGAACCCAUGCAUUAAGAGAAAGCAAUGUUACCCUUCUGCAAUCUGUGAAUGAGAAGCUUUUUCUCUCAGUCACAAGUAUCUGAUUAACAUAGGUUCUGUAUAUGAAAUGCUACCCCCAAAUUCACUGGCAGCUCAGAGUUUAUCUGGCAGGAAAGCCUGCCAGGAAAUAAGUCCAAAUACAGUUAAGAGUUGUGGGGCUAUUUUUAUGUCUACACUCAGUUUGAACUAGGUAAUGAAUAAAACAGGUUCACACAAAAGGGCAAAUAGAAAACUUUCCUACGGUUCCUAUGAACAACGUUAACAACACUUUCUGACUUCUUCUACAGCUGUAGAAGGCAGUCCUCAGAAAGUUGGCUUGCUUUAUUUCUAACCCCUUCUGGAAGCUGAGGGGUGCUUACCAAAAGGAGGCAGCCAUAUAGGCCUUUAAAGGCCUGGUCCCAAGUCCUUUUUGAAGCCAUGGAAUAAAAUCUGAUACAUCACUCGGACAGAGCAUUGAGUUUUAACUGUGAUUGCCGUACUGGUCACCACACAGCCGCUGACAUUUCUCUGGACCAAAAGGACUAAUUGCACUUUGAGGCCAAUGCUGCUUUCUGGUGCGUAUUCUCCACACAAGGUGAUUAUGAACUGCCCUUUUCCCCCCACGCUGGUGGAAAACAAACAAACAAAAAAA